GAUUCAACGCCCAGUAUGUCGCUCGUAAAUUUCCUGGUACCGUGGCUUAUGUUCACACUGGUCUGCUCUGUGCCCUCACCCACAGCCCCGCGGAGUCAAGAAGUGUCAAUUGUGCACAGCGAGGAGAGGAUUGGUGGUACUGAAGACGACAUUGAUAAUGGCACUCCCCGUUAUGUCACUGACUCUGAAUUGCUUGGCUGUGAUAGCAGCUCCUCGGUCACGCGUUUGAGUCUCACCGGGGAAAAGUUACUUCAGGCAGUUCCAUCCAUUACCUCCAGAGGCCUUCAUCUCCUGGGUGUGCAGCAGAAAUACGGGAAAGACACAGCGGUCAGAGAUGCAGCCACUCAGCACCACGUGUCACGCCGACAUUACGAACAACAGAUGAGCGAGCAGCAUCAGCACUAUCAAGGCGAGCAGGGAAUGUAUCACCACUACUCAGUGGUGAAGUGCAAACACUCUUAUUCUGGCAUCUUCUCCUUCCUGGCCUUCUGCAUACUCUCCUUAGACUUGACAUCGAACAUCAUGAAGUCGAUCAACAUUUCAAUCAACAUAGGAGGGAACAGCUGUGAAUGUUGCUGUGGUGGCGAGAACGGUACCGAUUGUGGGGGAGGGAAUGAUAAUAACAAUAACAACAACAAUAAUAAUAAUAACAAUAAUGGAGGAGGAGGAACGUUUUUCUCUGGUAGGAAACACAUUAUUGGCGGCGGUGGCAGCUGUGGCUCCUGCUGCUGCUGUGGAGGUGGCAGUGGCGGCAGCAACAAUAACAAUAACAACAACAAUGGAGCUGGGGCAGGAAACAGCACAUCGGGCGGUGGAGGAGGAGGAGGAAAUAAUAACAAUAACAAUAACAAUUAUUUCUUCAGUCCAGCCGCAGUGCCAUACUACGGGUACUAUCCUCCUUUGCCUUAUGAUUACUACUACUACGGCCGUUCCCUGGUGGAUAGAGUUGUAGAGGGCUUGGGCAACAUCCUUCAUCCACCGAACCCAGGCUCCAUCAGCCUACCAAAAUACACGAUGGGGACCAGUAAUGAUGAGGACACCUGGACGGACGGGCACACUGACAUACCGUCAUACUCCUUUCCGUUCCCUCAUGAAAGAAAACGUAGAGAAGAGACGGUGAUUUCAAUUAAUAAGAGGGAAUUUCAGCACAGUGAGGUGAUAGGGAGCACUAGUAACGCUGAAAUAGAUAAGAGAAUGCCUACUGCUAUUCCAAAACAGCAUUCAAGUGGCUCUAAUGACAUUAUUCAAGAAGAAUACUAUGGAAAAAAGAGAAAGACAGUACAUAUUGAAAAAAGACAGGAAGAUGAAGUAAUCUCAAGCUCUCCUGAAGACUUGGUGGGGAUAGGUCCUGUGUGGCAGACCUACCAGAAGGCUCUUAGCAUGCUACUGACAGAGGACGAGGACGGGGUAAAUGAGCUUUUCUUGGAUAAAUGGUUCAGGGUUGUGUUGAGGAUGCUGAGACCUCAUUUAGAUGGGGCUCGACAGGUAUACAGCCACAUAUCCUGAGCAGUGAAUGAGGAAAUAAAGUCUAGAUAUUACUCUGCGGGACUAGCGUGGAGAGAUAAUUGAUAAGGGAAUUUUCUUUACAUUGCCUAUAGAUGUAAGGAGGUGUAUAUGGUACUGGACGGAAAGAAAAUGAUAGAUAGAUAAAGAAUGUAAAAAAAAAAAUAAUAAAAUAAAAAAAGAGAGAAAAGAACAAACGGAAGUAGAUUUUAGUGAUGGAUUAGUGAUGAAAUGUGCAGGAAUAAUUAGGGAAGAGAGACAUGAUGCUAUGAAGAAUAUAUCUAACAAACAUCAAUGAACUUUACCCCUGCAGUGUUCACAUGCUCUUGCUCUAUUUGUUGUGAUGAUGCUUGUGUAAUAAAA